AUGGCGCAACAGCUUCCGAAUCGACUCCAGUCGACGCUCUCAACACUGCUGCUGUUGGGACUGUCACUUGUUCUAGCACCUGUGUCUUUCCUCGUAUCGCUAUCGUUCUGGCUCACGCAUGCUGGAAUCCAGCAAAGUGUUCAGAAUGUCGAUCAAUCGCAGUCGUCCGCGGCUCUUCCGAAUGGUCCUCGCCUGGCUCCGAAGGUUCCGCGCACAGUGCUAGUCAAUGGGGCGCGCAUGCAAAAGUCGCUCGCCAUCUGCCGUACCUUCGCUCGCAACGGUUGGAAGGUUGUCCUUGUCGAAGAACAGGGCUGGGGGAACCUUGCCGCCGCCCGCUUCUCCAACUCGGUAUCUACCUUCCACCUGCUGCCAUCAUCAUCGCUAGCUGCCGACAAACGCUCGCGUCAUCAAGUUACUCCCUACAUCGAAGCACUGGUGCGCAUAGCACUGAGGGAAAAAGUCGACCUCUUCUUUCCUUGUUCUGGAGCCGGCAGCACAGGUCAAGAUGCUAUCGCUGGCCAGAUCCUGCUCGAAAGAACCAAUGGACGAGUUCGCAGUUUGAUUCAGACGCCUGAGCUGGUCGAGGCACUGCACGAAAAGGAUCGCUUCAUCUCUCUUCUGCAGCGUCUCGAGAUGGCUGCACCGCGAAGCGAGAUCGUCUUUUCCGUCGAUGAUGCCUUGGCAAAGCUGCAAAGCGACGGGUAUCCCCGAUCGAUCCUCAAGUGCGCUGCAGAGCUGGACGACAUCGGCAGAGCCGACAUGACGCUAUAUCCGCUGUUCAGUUCAAAGACGUACGAGCCGGACUGGGAGAGCACACGCAAGCGGCUUUCUAGCCUUUCCAUCCCGCUCUGUGCACGCACGCCUUACAUCUUGCAAGAAUUCAUCGGCGAUCGAAUCGACAAAGCCCAGCUCGACGGCAGCGACAGCAGCGACAGCAACAUCAUACGGUCCUCGGAAUGGUGUACGCACGCCACCGUGGUUGAUGGAAAGUUGACAGCCUUCGUUUGCUGCCCGAGCAACGAUAUGCUCAUGACCUAUCAUCCAGCAUCUCAUACUAUAGUGGGCGAGCUGGCGUUGCGAUGGACGUCGAUAUUCUUGUAUCGGCUCGAGAAGCUCGGUGUUUCAUCCGACUCCAAAUCUGCGCUCCCGUCAAGUACUCUGACCAGGGACAUACAGUGGAAUCGAGACACGCUCGUUGGCAGGCACGCUGCCGCGGAAGCGGGUAUCACGGGCCAAUUCAGCAUGGACUUUAUCUACCAACCUGCUACCUCGAGCGAGGCUGAGAGGUUGGUGGCGAUCGAAUGCAAUCCGCGUGUGCACACUGCCAUCUGCUUGCUGGUCAACAACGUGCGGCUAGGCGAAGCGCUGGUUCCGGCGUCCAUGUCAAGCAAAGGUAGUUCUGGCGAGCCAGCUAUUCAGGUGGAUGCAGUCGACGAGAUCACGUAUCUGUCGUAUCUCUCUCUGCCCGUCAUGGAGAGUGCUCCUGAUGCGAUGCUGUCGACGCAAGCCGAGUUUCAAGUGCUCAGCUCGCUGCCUCCUUCCUGGGCGUCUUCGCGUGUUCGGUUCUAUCACUCGAAACAGCUGCUUCAACGUGCUUACUCUGCCGCUGACCUCUCGCUGCCCGUCAGCUGGAUCGGGCACGACCUACCAGCUCGCAUCCUUCCGUCUACCCGCCUGCUCCACCAUCCUUGGCUGCAAAGCGCGAUGAAAGCCAUCCACCCUCUCUGGUGCGCCACUACGCCCAGUGCGAACUCGAUCAGCAUUCCAACCUCUACUGGCAUCGUCACAUUCGACCUAGCAGCUUCAGCCAUCUUGCCCCCACUCACCGAUCCGAGCUUUGCAAAAGACGAUCCUUGGCCGUUGUUCGCACUGUACCAUCUGCAAUGGCCUCACCUGCUCCUCUGGCAGCUCGCCGUCAGGCGCAACAAGUGGAGCAGAAUCAACGUCUCCACCGCACGCAUCUUUGAGUGUUGA